CAGGCUCGCAGCAGUGCUUCACUCCUCUCUGCUCUUUUCAAGUGGUUCUGGAAACCCACUCUAGCUCUCCUCCAAGGGAUCUCUGGACUUCUUUGUCUCUCAACAGAAAAAUGGCCUUGUCACAGAGAAGCGGCAUCCUCCAGCUGUUUGUUGCGGCAGCUGUUUGCAUACAGCUCUAUCAAGCUCAUGAUUUUUUUGGACGUUGCUCGUGUUCCAGCUCAAUUAAGUUCACCAAAGGCAACAUGUCAGAUUUCCAAGUCCUGGAAAAUCAGCCUGGGUGUGAUCGAACUGAAUUAAUUGUUACCAUGACUGGACCAGAUAACUCCACAGAGUUACUCUGUUUGGACACUCAGGGAAGGAUGGCCCAGGCUUUUUUGAAAUGCUGGCAAAGGAUAAACAAAGACAAUAGCCGUAAGAUGGAGUGUAUCAACAAAAAGAGAAAGGCCGAGUGAAAGUCCAAGAGAGGGGAGGCCUGGCUGGGGAGGAAAGUUUCCGGGCCCGAGUCCCGGAGGUCACAUGAAGACUGAAGCACACAAGCCCAAGAAUGCUGAAAGCAGAGCUUGCACUGAGUUCCUACACUGGAGAGGAUUGGGAAAUGACAGAGAGAGGGGGAGAGUGGUGGGAGGGGAAAUGAUUAACAGCUGGAGGCAGAAAUGGCGAGGGCAGCAGAGUGUGAUAAUGUAAAUAUAUCCACAGUACUAUCGCAACAAGUCUGUUGAAAUGCACACAUGUUUAUUGUUUUGUUUGACAUGCUACUACUAUUUAUGUGUAAUUUAUUGGCAAUAUUUAAUUAUUGUAUUGGAUUUUUUUUUUUACAGAUGAAAAUAAAGCAGAUUUUGAACUAAA